UCGGUAAUGGCUUCAUCAUCUAGUGGCGGCGGUGUGCCUCCAGGGUUCCGAUUCCACCCAACGGACGAAGAGCUGCUUCACUACUACUUGAAGAAGAAGGUAUCGUUUCAGAAGUUUGAUAUGGAGGUCAUUAGAGAGGUGGACUUGAAUAAGAUGGAGCCUUGGGACUUGCAAGAGAGAUGUAAGAUUGGGUCAACACCACAAAACGAGUGGUACUUCUUCAGUCACAAGGACAGGAAGUAUCCAACAGGAUCAAGGACGAAUAGAGCGACAAAUUCUGGCUUCUGGAAGGCAACGGGGAGGGACAAAUGCAUUAGAAACAGCCAUAAGAAGAUAGGUAUGAGGAAAACGCUUGUUUUCUACAGAGGUAGAGCUCCCCACGGCCAGAAGACUGACUGGAUCAUGCAUGAAUAUCGACUUGAAGACAGUGAUGAUCCUCAAGGAAACGCCAGUGAAGAUGGUUGGGUGGUUUGCAGGGUGUUCAAGAAGAAGAAUCUAUUCAAGGUUAAUGGGAAUGAAGGAGGCUCUGGCAUGAACUCGGGUCAACAGCUCAACAACACGUUGAACACCAAUCAGCCACGCACCUUCCUGCACAGAGACAACAACCAAUACCUCCCACGUCAACAACACAACAGCGGUAACCAACCAAGCUUUGAGCCUGAACUAGCACUCCAUCAAUACUCCCACAUGCCAUCCUCUCACUACUCGCUUUACCAAUCCCAACCCCUUCUUCCUACCCACAAGCCCCUGGGUUAUGACUACUCGAGCCUCCCUUCGGAGACACCCAUCAUGGUCAAGCAGCUCAUGACAAACCCUAGAGAUUGUGAGAGUGGCAGUGACAGCCUCCGGUACCAAGCUUGUGAGCAGGGCUUAGAGGUCGGCACGUGUCAGCCGCCUCCACAAUUGGUAACAGGAAGAGAUCAUCAUGAGGGCAUGAAUGAAUGGUCUAUGCUCGACCGGCUUGUCACUUCUCAUAUUGGAAAUCAUGAUCAAGAAUCGUCCAAAGAGGUGAGGUUCGAGGAGGAUCCAAACACAUCUUCUGCACCCCAAAUUAAUCAGCUUUCAUUGCGCGGAGAGAUGGACUUUUGGGGCUAUCAGAAAUAGCAGAAAACAGCUGGAAAUAUUGGACUUAACCAUACAAUUAUAUGGCUCUAAUUAGCCAUGUGAAAACUUGAAAAACAGUAUGCUUAAGUCGAUGGUAAUUAUAUGUUUGUUUGAUUUCGUAAUUACUUGACUCAUUUAUUAUUUAAAAUUAUUUAAUAAACAUUUAAAUACUGAACUUGAUGCAACGAGUGUACGUAAGAGAUCUCUAAUCCCCCUCCCCCCACUUCAAUUUUGUUUUUAUUUAUUUAUUUUUGUUUUUGAAGAGUCCGACUCAUGUGCGUAUACUACCUUGGGUGCCCGGGGUUUGCACAAGGAUUGGCUUUCUGGUCUCUAAAACAAUUUACGCCUGUGUGAAAACAGGCCAAAUUCAAUUUAGUUUGUUUUCAUGUUUUGUUUUACUCUUAAAAGGUUACGCAUAUCUUUUGAUGUUUUAAUAGGCAUCUAUAUAGUUUUGGCUUUGUUAUUUUUUAAGUAAUAUUUAAUCAUAGGAUCGGAGGUUUUUGUAUGCUGGUAAUUAUAUUAGUGUCCAAAUACAUUAUUCAUGAAGUUGCAAGAAUGGUCUAAUAGUCACGAGAGAUGUUCCUCGAAUCACCUGAAUUAAUGUUCCAACUUUGGGUUUGAGGGAAACAAAGUUACCCAAAGCCACUGUACGUACGUGUACGUAGCAGCUUGCAUGCAUGUUUUCAGUCGAGAGUUGUCUUUCAACAGAAUGGAAACUCAUAAACUCAUUUGAUGGGAAUGUUGAUCUGCUAUAUCGAGAUGAGGAGAAUAUAUAUGGGCACAAGAGGAUUCUACAUAUUUUAUCUGAG